UUCAUUGGUCAACUAGGUUCAGUGAGAGUACGGAUUAUUAUAACCUGCAGAAGAAGAGCAGACUUGUGUAAAAACAUUUACAAUUACACCACCGCAAUUUUCAGAGAGAUGGUGACGCUAAUUGUCGCCACCUCCGUCGACCCGGCCUCCAUCGGCCCCGCCGCCGCCCUUUUGUCAAUGCCCGGCUGGCACCCCGGCCCUCCUCUCCAGGAAAUGUCGAGUUUUGUGAAUAAGGAAGUGAGGCUGUUGAAGCACGAUAAACGUAUAGUAUUAGAGGAUCACUUGGAUAAAAGAUGGGAGGAGGCGACCGGUGAGUUGGUCAACGAGGUUAUUUUUCUCAGCAGGCACGUUGCGGUUUCCAAUCGACCUGCACUCACUAUCCAUCCCAUUGGUAUACCCCAUCUGCGAGAAGGAGACGUACCGCCAGCUGGCGGAAAGCCUGGAUGGGCUGCACCGCCUAAUCCACGUUUAGGACCGUGGCUGAGGCUGUUGAAAAAUAUUGCCCAAUCACAUAAUCUCACUCCUGAAUUUGAGAUCACGUUGGAAGCAACUCAUCAUGGCCCAAUAACUCAAUCGCCUACAAUGUUUGUCGAAAUUGGUAGUACAGAAGAAUACUGGAAGAGACAAGAUGCUGCACAAGCCAUUGCCUUACUUGUAUGGGAAGGCCUAGGGCUUGGAGGAGGAACUGCAAUAGGUGACUGGAGCAGGAACAAUGGAAAAAACAAAGUUCUCUUAGGAUUAGGUGGCGGACAUUAUGUACCGCGACAUAUGGAUGUAGUUCUAAAAGAUGGUGUGUGGGUGGGGCACCUUAUUUCUGGAUAUUCACUGCCAAUGGAGGAUCAAAGUCAAUUAAAAGGCGAAGAAUCGAAACAAGAAGUUGGUGGGACUUGGAAAGAAGCAAUCAAAGUUUCGUUCGAGACUACAAGAGAUGCUUUUCCAGGCGGACAAGUUCUGGCACAUCUUGAUCACAAGAGUUUCAAAAGUUGGCAGAAAGUGGCAAUUAUGGGGUUCCUAGCAGACCAAGGCAUACAAAUUGGCAAACCUGCUGACUUCUGCUGAUUCUCCUUUAAAACAAAUUGUUUAUUGCAAAUCAAAUUUGCAAAAUUGCCUAUUAUUUCACAUAUUGGAAAGAAGAAAUUGCGUAUAGCAACACAUAAUUUUAUAAAUUCGACUUCACUUGGUCCUCGAUUGCAUGAAAUGUUUUUGGAAAAUAUUGUUUUAUCAUGGACGACUCUUCCGAUUCAAGAUAUCCAUCAUCCAGAUUUUCUUUAUAGUUU